CAACAUCACAGAGUCUGGUUCAAAUUCGUUGACCUUGUUACCAGGAUCGGUUCGGCGCGACUUCAGUGUACCGAAUUCGAAGUUUUCCAUCAUUUUUAUACCGAGAUCGGUUUUGAAAAGUACCAUUUUGAAAAAAAUGGUCUAAACAUUUUCAGUUUGAUAUCGUGCAUUAAGUUUCGUUGAUAGUUUUUAUCGAUUAAAAAAUUAAUAUCUCGUUAUUUCGAAUUGUGUAACGUGCGGUAACGGCUAGUCGCCGAACGCGCAUUUAUAGUGCGGCACACCACUCGGACUAAUUUAAUCUUUUCCAACUUGAUAUUUACAAAAUACCAAUAAUCGGGAUCCACAAGCAACCGAUUGCUGUAUGAGUAAAGGCCGCGGUAAUGCGGUGUCUGGCAGCCGGAUAUGAGGAACGGCGGCGACGGCGGUGGCGUUGUUGCGGUGGCGUCCAGAUACCGGUGGAGGUACACGUUGACGUUGAUUGUGUGCAUGAUGGCGGCUGUCGCUGUGGAGGGCUGCGGCCCGUUGCGGGGCCCGUCCAAGUUCCGGAACCCGCGAAAGAUGAAGCCGCUGGUGUUUCAGCAACACGAGCCCAACGUCAGCGAGUACUCAAUCACCGCCAGCGGACCACCAGAGGGUCGGGUCCAGCGCAACGACUCCAGGUUCAUGGAGCUAGUACCCAACUACAAUGCGGACAUCGAGUUCAAAGACGACGAGGGCACAGGUGCCGAUCGACUGAUGACUCAGAGGUGUAAAGAGAAGCUCAACACCUUAGCCAUCAGUGUGAUGAACUUAUGGCCGAACGUUCGACUACGAGUGAUUGACGGAUGGGUGGACCGGGCCGGUAGCAGCCUGCACAACGAGGGGCGGGCGGUAGACAUCACCACGUCAGACAGGGAUAAGUCCAAGUAUGGCAUGUUAGCCCGACUGGCUGUGGAAGCAGGAUUCGAUUGGGUCAAUUACAAUCGUCGGUACAUUCAUUGCUCUUGUAAAUCAGAGACGAAAAUCAACACGAGGACGAUGGGCUGUUUCCCGGGCGACAGCGUGGUGACGACGGGCGCGGGCGUCAAGAAGCCGAUGAAGGACCUCCGGGUCGGCGAGUCGGUGCUGGCGCUGUCCGCGGACGGGAUGCUCCGGCCCAGCGAGGUGCUGCUGUUCCUGGACCGGAGCGAGACGGCCCGGACCGAGUACGUGACGCUGGUGACGGACGCGGGCAAGUCGAUAACGGCGACGCCCACGCACCUGGUGCUCCGGUGGGAGAAACCGGAACGGUCGCAGAUCCGGCACGCCAACCCGGUGUACGCGAAAAGCGUGCGCGUCAACGACACGCUGCUGACGGUGGUGGACGGAAGCGGCGGCAAUAAGCUGCGAUUGCGCACCGAGCGCGUGGUGGCCGUCAGUCGCACCCAGAAGGCCGGACUUUACGCGCCGCUCACGGUGGACGGCACCGUGGUCGUGGACGACGUGGUCGCGUCCUGUUACGCCGUCAUCGACAGCCAUUGGCUGGCGCACCUGGCGUUCCUGCCCGUCCGCGCGAUGGCCGCGGCCCGGGCGUCGCUGUACGGCCUCGUCUGGCGGCUGGGCCAUCCGCUGCAGGACUCGCCGCCGUCGUCGCCGCCGCCCGCGGACGCGGUCAAGCCCGCCGACGGCAUCCACUGGUACCCGCGGAUGCUGUACGCCAUAUCCGACUACGCAAUACCGUCCAGUUGGAUGGACACGCACUGAUCCGGCACACUUAAUACUGCUGCUGCUGCGACGACAUAUUUACACCUAUUAUCGUAUAAUAUUAUAAUAUAUUUUUCUAACUGUUGUGAUUAUCAUUUUUUUUAUUAUUAUUAUUAAUAUUUAUUUUAUAUACAUUAUUUUGAUUUGUACACGUAUAGUAUUUUACUACGCCCCGCCUUACCGCGCCCGCGAGGAGGUGCAGGGCUUUUGGUCUCCUUUUUUGUCCGUUUACGUCCCGUCGUCGUGUACUCGACGACCGCGGUCGUGACGUUCCGGUCCACCGCGCACGGUUAUAAUAUAUACCAGCUAAUACAUUGUGUAGCCCAAAUAAAGUGUGCCAUCGGCCGAGUUGUAUGCCAAAAAUUAUUAAACUUUUAUAUUUUUUCGCUUUUUUUGUACAUGUUAUAUUGUGUGUGUGUGUGUGUGUGCAUGUGUGUGUAUAUAUGUAUAUAUAGUUUAUCGUAGGUUUUUUUAAAAUUAUUUAUUAACGGUGAGGUGUUUCUCGUCCACUUGAUAGCGGGAACACGCACAUAAUUUUGGCACAAUGUUUUAUAUUAUACUCGUAUAGUAUAUGGACAUCACAGAGAUCGUAUAUAAUAAAUAGUACUUAUAAUGUAUAUGAUAUUUAAGUAUAUUCGAUUUACUAUUAUAGCUGUACGUUAUGCACCGUCCAGUACAUUUAAAUGGUACAAACCGUGUUAUAACGGAAGUACGGAACGUGUGUUCGGGAAAGUCAAACCUCUUCCAACCCAUUAAAACUUCGAUGAACGCGCGUUAAACGGCGCAGACUUUAAUAAAUUCCCCAACAAUGUUUAGGGUCAUAUUCGUGCCUGUGUCUGACGUUUCGUCCUCGUAGGUAUUGCAUCAAUCACGAAUAGCGCGCAACGGGUUUUUAGUGUCCUUUUUUUGUUUUAUUCUAGUGAUUUUUUUUUUUUUUUAUGUACAUCGAAUCCACUCGGAAACGAUAAUAGAAGUCUAAUAUCUAAAAAUAAACAGUACUUACUAUAGUUAAUAAUUAUAUUUAUUGUAAAUUUGUUUUAUUUUUACCUUUUGUACGUGGCAUUUACUAUAAUAUAUUGUCGUAUAAACGGACGCAUUGUUAUUUAUAUUACACAUUGUAUGUAUACGUGUAAAUUGUUUUGUAUUAUAUAACUAUUUAUUUUUAAAGCUCCUUCAAAAUCGUAGGUUCGUUUACAAAAUAUUAUAAUUUUUAAUGUGAAAAAUGUGUGUCUGUAUGGACAAAUAAAAUUAUAAGAAAUUGAA